UCAUUCUCUCCCUGCCACAUGGUCACGAAGCACAACUUUCUAAUGUCCGUACCUUGGAUCCUUCCUGGUGACAAGCGGGUGGUGGUUUUCUCCUGGUGUCGGAGGUUUAAUACCGUGUAACCUUCUUCAUCCUCCAUCUUCCAGGCUUGCCCAGACGAGAAGAGAAGAAACAAACGACCCUCCACAGACUCGCUCUAACUGAGGGCUCAAGACUGCAGAGAAAGUGCUGGCCCCAUCUCGAGCUGUCAAACCACAGGAUCUGCUCAGAUGCAAGAGGCCGACCAACCUGCUAGCGAGCUGCAGGGCUUGGUACUUGCAGGGCAAGAGGAUUGGAGCGUGGGUCAGAACAUAACACUAAGUGGGCGAGCACGUAAAGGGAGCAAUCACAGGGCAAAACUGGAUCCGAUGCCCUGAAAUAGGUCACAGGGAAGUUGCAAGCUGCAGGCCGGACCGAGAACAGCCAGGGCACUGGGGGGCUAUUCCUGAGUCCGUCCCCACGCCCUGCUGCGCCUGCCAGUGAUAAACACAUCUCUAAACAUGCAAUAAACAACACCACGGGCCCUGUGGUGUAAAUUGGUAUCGCUCUUCUGAAGUCCACGAAGCUUCAUUGAUUCACCCCAGCUGGGAUCUGGCCCCACUGAGUCCAGAGAAGAUACGGCCAAUUGGCACCAGCUGGGGGAUCUUACACAGAAAUCAACAGAAGCGGGAGAGGAGAGGAAAGAAAAAAGGACGGACCCAGUCGUUGGCCUCUUCACUUCCAAGCCACACUUUGGCCCAGCGGCAGUGGAGCGGUGGCUGGAUUGGGUCUAAUGGAAACUUAACUUGAAUUUCCACCCCCGCUGGUUUUGGGUGGCCAUCGAGUUGGCUGUCACAACGCUGAUAUGAGCGGGGACGGCUGCAGGCCCUCAUGGGCGUAUAAAGGUGAGAAGGACCCCUCAAAACUCAGCCCCCACUGCUUGGGGGAACCCAGUCACUUAACACCUGGUUCUACACGACUGUGACUCACGCUCAAAUUCACCUCGCUGCAGUAGAGCAGCCGCUCCCGUGAAAGGAGGAUUCAUGCCCAGCGCCCAUCGACCGCACCAGUUGUGCAGACAUGGGAGCAUCGACGCAUGGGCCUGGCCAUCCCAAAACCAUUGGGAAAGAAAGGGUAACGUGUCUGGAUUCAAGACGGCCGACCCCAGCAGGAAACUGCCACUGAACCAUUGAACGCUUUAUUGUCACGGCCAUUUUGAAGGCAGAACUUCUCGUGUCGGGGGCUCGCUGCCCAACAGGACGGCUUUCUGUCAGCGCCUCGGAGGCACUGGACUGCCCCUGCCUCUGGUGUCAAUUGCUCUUGGGUAAGGAGGUGAGACCUGCUAAUGAAGGAAGUCCCCAACACAGAGAUAGGAUGGAAAUUCACAAGCCCCUGACAGGUGCUACUUCCUGAUUUAAAAGGCACCACUUGCCUUGGAUUGCACGUAUAUCUCAGCGGUUGCCCUUCCACACAACGUCUCUUGCUGGGUGCUGUCAUCUUUUGCUGUUUGGACCAUGACUGAGGAAAUUAUCUACACGGAUAUAAAUGUUCUGGAAGAUCCAUCCCCUGCCUGCCAACCCUCUCCCCUUAAACACCAUGUUUUCCAGGGCCGCUCCCUGCAGACAGACACUGACGCAGUCUCAUCGGUCCCUGAGAACAGCAGUGUCGCUCAGAGACACUCCCCUGGCAGAGAAUGCAACAGGAGCCUGGAGGACUUCGUGUCUCGUCUGAAGCAGAGUCUGUGUCACUCAGCCCAGAGCCCCACUGCAGACAGCUCCAGCUGCAAACUCUGCCCCAUGGACUGGCUGUCACACAGGGGAAAGUGUUUCUGGUUUUCCAAAGACAGCAAAAACUGGACCGAGAGCCGUGCUGACUGCUCAGUGAAGAGCUCUCGAAAGCUAGUGAUCCAGGACCAGGAGGAGAUGGAGUUCAUACAGAAUGUCACACGGGGUAAAUAUCACGUCUGGCUUGGGCUCAGUGUUACAUCUGCAGAGAAGAACUGGACCUGGGUGGACAGCUCCAUGUUAGACCAAACCCUGUUCCCAGUAACGGGUCCUACUGACGUGAACAGUUGCGGGGUGAUAAAAGGGAAUCGGAUUCACUCUGAAACCUGCAGUGCUGAAUUCAAAUGGAUUUGCCAGAAGGAAGCUAUGCAGCUAUAAACAGUGGCAUUAGAGACACUCGUUCCUGUAACAGACCAGUACGCUGCCUUGGGUAUCAGUCUUCGGGCCAGACUUCCAGGAGCGGAUGUGCCUGCGGAGACAUGUACGUGCAUCCUCAAACCAGCUGUUUGUAUCUUCAGCUCGGGUAAAUGCAUGUGCAAAUCAGGCCCAAGGGCAAAGGAGCAUCUAAUGGACGUAAACACUGCACCACUGACUCUGUUUCAGCAAGAACACGCCUCUUCCUCCCCCUGUAUCCCCUUCCACCAUCAUUGAUUCCCUGGCUCCAUCCCUUCCUCCUUCACCCCUUUUUAUUCACCCCCAAUGCCUCUUCUGCUUUCUGCCUCUCAGGCCAAUACUUCAAUUCCCUUGUUCUCCACCUAGCUCAGUGUUCUCCUGGAUCUGGUCUCUCUGCCAUCUCUCCUGGGUCUUCUCCUGCUUUUCUGACUAUUCCUCCUCCAGCAUUCCCUUGACAAGCUUGGAACUUUUUUAACCUAAGGUUUUUCAAAUCAGGUGUUUCAUGGAAGCCGACGGCUUUUGAACAGUUUCAGUUUUGAUGAGUUGGCAUUUUCUGACCAAAACAAAUCAGAACAUUGCUAACCACGACUAUGCAUUUCUCAUAUUUUUUGUGAAUUUUGCAUCAUUUGUAAUUUCUAACCACCUCUCUUCAUUUUCCAUUUUUAAUAAAUUAUCAACAUUUUUUAUAGCUUAUAACCUUUCAUUUUCAGAAUAAGGAUAUUU